AUGCCCGUUCCGACCUUCUCCUCCCACCGUUCUGCCCGCCAGCACAGCCAGCUCCUCUCGCGCUGGGACGACACGCGCGACCGCCUCCAUGCCGACGAGCGUCGCAGGAGCAUGAGCCAGAUGCAGGAGCUUGAUGGCACCGGCCUGUACGAGCGUCCCGACUGGCCGCUGCCCUCGCCGUCGCCGGAGGAGCGCCUUCGGAAGCGCUCCCCCGACGAUGCUCCCGCCGAGAUGGAGGACCGGUGCGUCGACCAGAAUGCCGUCCUGAGGAAGCCCGAAGAGAUUGGCGCGGCGUUGAACGGGAGCCCGUACGUGGAAGAGGCAGACGUGAGCGACGUGGGAGAGGAGGACGAGGAAGAUGUUGCUAGCCCUGGUGUCGCCGACAACGAGGAACAUCCCAUUCCUUCGUCAGCUCCCUCCCGACUCCAAGACCAACAUCGCGUUGAUCGCACGUCAGAGCUUCUCGAUCGCAUAUCAGAGCAGCACAGGGAUCCGCCUCGAGAACUUGCCUCGCCUCCACGCCAGACGCACUCCGAAGUCUCGCCAGCCAGGGAGCUGCCUGCUCCGCCAGCGCUCUAUGACAGGGAAUCUCCAGACACUGCACGUCCUCGUCUCAUACCGCGACAACGACCCGAGCGAGAGCAUCAGCCCGUCGUACACGCCGAAAUCAACGGGCAUGAAGAGGUGGCCGAGGAAGAAGAGGACGAAGACGAAGACGAUCUCGAAGAGUCCCGCGACAUCGCCACGCCCAUUCCCUUCCGCUCUGACUCGCCCGGAUACAACUACUAUCAACACCCGCAGGGGACGAACCCAAGCCGAAGUCCACCUCUUCUGAACGGCCGAACGACCCCGACGCCGACCACCAACGGUGUCAACAACCGGGGCUCGAUCGCGAAAGGGCCCAUGCAUACAGGUCUUCAUCGGAGACCCUCAACACGCUCUUCGUGGAUCAGCACAACACAGAUCCCGCACAACAAAGACCGAGUCCGAUACAGUUGGCAAUCGUUGCAGGAUGACGAGCCGAAUCGGCCGCGGAUACACAUCAUCAAGCUGAUAUCGAACACGGCGACGGCGUCGGCGGGAUGUCCCACCGGAGAGGCAUUUGGCUUCUCCAUCUCGCCCAGUGGCAGGAAGAUAGCGGCAUACAACAGCGCCAGGCUGUACGUACUGUCCACAAAUGCCUUGCCGAUGGGUAUAAGUCAGGACUAUGCGCUCAAAAGGAGACCUCUGGCCGUGGAGCUUACCGAUGAGGGCAACACCAUGGCCAUCCUCGCGGACGACCACACGGUCAACAUCUACGACACAGGACUGCAGUUCAGGCGGACCAGGACGAUUGAGCUGGAUUUCCCCACAAACUGCAUCGCACUGGCUCCGACGGGAGGACUGCUGGCUGCAGCAUUCGAGGGAGGAGUCGAGGUAUUCUCGUUGGCUGCAAGCGCACUUCCUACCGAUCGGAGAGCAGUCAGAUCUAUCAAAAUGGAUCGGUUGAAGUUCUCAGACGAUGGCUCGACCCUACUGGGAACAACCACGCGGAUCAAUGUCUCCUCGACAGUGGUCACGUCUGUGCCAGUCUUUCCGGCCGAUCCAAAUGGUGUGCCCACCCACGAAGAACUGAAGGAGGCCUGGUGCUCGGAGCUGUUGCAUCCCGAGAACAUUCGGAAUAGCAGCCAUGCCGUAUUCCUGCGCGAGAAUCGAGCGGAUUGCAACGAGCGCCUGUUCGCGUGGAAUGGAUUAGAAGACACCUUCGGCAUCUUGAACGUGGGCGAUAUGCAGUACGGCAACAUUGAAUUCCCAGUAGUCAUUUCGCCGCCUCUCUCCACAUGCGGAGGUCUGGGUGCGGCGAUCCACAGCUGUCCGUCCAUCGACGAGUAUGGAGAUACGAUUGCAAUGAUUGUGAAUGACCGCACGAUUCGCCUAUACAUAGUUCCACACCAGGUCGACGAGGACACUACAACUGUCGAGGCACAUAGCAUUGACCACGAGCUAGAUGAGGGAUAUGGGUGUCCGUUCAGUGAGGCACGGUGGGUUCACAGCCCAAGCUCAUUACCGGCGCCUUUGAACGACCAGACGGGAGCGAAGGGGAGAUUGAUAGUGACAAGCCCGGGCGGUGUCACUGAGGCUGGAAUCAGCGAAGAGAGCGUGGAGGAUAUCGAGGGUGGCCGCAUCAUCCUCUUCGACUUUGAUCCCCAGUUUGCCGGGCAACCGGGACAGACGUUCUGCCUCACGCUAGGGAAGAGUCCACCGCAGGUGCUGGAAGAGGAGCAAGUCGAUGUCCAAGAGCAGGUUGCCCUGGUGCGGAGGAGAACGGUGAAUCAAAGCAAAGGCGGUGGGCUGAGCUCGAGGCCGGCGACACUGGGCCGAGCAGCAACAACGUACGGUGGGCGGGCGCUCCGGAUUGCAGGGCCCGCGUAUGGGAAUGUGGGUGCGAGUAGGAAUCGGAACAGCAUGCAAUUGAUCGGGAGCAUGUCUUCAGACGCCGCCAGGAGCUUACCGGAUCUGAUGGAGAACAACGAGCCGGCUGAUGUCUCCCUCGAAGAGCCAUACGCCCCAGGAGCGCCGCGGUCACAGGCAUCAUUACAGCGUGCUGCUUCGAACAUCCAGCGGCAUCGAUUCCAGACCUUGGAAGAGCGACAACGAGAGCGAGCCAAUUCGGGUUCCAAUGGGCACUUCCUGCCUCUGCCUGAAUACACCGAAGAGCCCAACGCCCCGUUGCCCAGCAGGUACCGAGCAAUGGCUGGACUGGACAACCCGGCCGCCAUGCAUCCUUCGAAGCCAGCUGUUGCUACAGCGCCGAAUGGCGUUCUCGCUGGGUCAAGCUCACUGGUCGUACAGACUGCACCGCCGGAUAUUGGAGAGAACUUCAGCGCGGAACAGGCAUUUCUAGCUGCAAAUGCUAGAGCAGCAAUUGUCAGAGAACAGGCAAUGGAACAGAGACCACAAUCCGGAGGCACGCAACAGAGUCAGUUGUCGACGCCCACCUCAGCCACAAGGCCGGAUGCCGUGAACAACUUCAUACCAACACUCAGGGGUGCAGGAUACGAAUCAUACACUCCCGAACCCGGUUCUGGUACCUUUGAUUCAAUCGAUCCCGCGCAAGGAACCCUGAUGUUCAACGCCAUACCGCCUCCCGUCAGGACCGGCACCGUCGAUUCCAUCUCGUCUCUACCACGAAGUCUGCAACGGGCGUACAGCAACGCCGUCUCGCCCAUGGGCACAGGCCCCCCUCCCAGCCUGAUCGGCGACUGGCGAAACGUCAGCCCCAUCGCGGAUCCCGGCUCUGCCGCUGGGUCCAUCAGGCGUGGUGGUGGUGGUGGUGUUGCGCCGCCCUGGUCUGCUGGAAUCCGAGAAGACGAGCCCUGGGACGCCAUCUCGCCCGUGCAGCCCGAGCCGUCUCGCCCGUUUGGACCACCGCAAGGCAGCCCCCAUCGGUAUUCCACCUCCCUGCUCAAUCCCCCGGGACACAUGGCGCCGCCGCGCCCCCCGGGCUCUUCGUCUUCCUACGCGACCAGCCUGAGCGGCACCAGCGAGCCCUCCUCCUUUGCAACAGGCGGCAGGAGAAUGCCGCCGCAUAUGCAAGCCUUCCGCAACGCUGCCGCUGCCCAGGCCUCGGCCUCAUUAUUCCCUCCCGCGGUGCCACCCGACCACGUCCCCUAUCGACAAAACACCACGCGAGCGGGCACCGCAGCACACCCCAUCACCGCAUGGCAUCCGCCCGCAGCCGCCUCGGUACCCCCACGACCGCGAACCAGCGGAAGCACGCACGCCAGCCGAUCGCGAAGGAGUGUCUAUGAGCCGCCCAAGAGCCCUGGUCCCACGACGCCGACGCCGACGCUCGCACCCAAGGCGAAGAAGAGGGGUCUUUUCCGGAAGACCCGCAAGCAUGACCCCUACGCGCCCUCCGCGUACAAUGAAGGGCAGAUGGAAGGGAGCAGUAGCAUGAUGGAGACCAAGAGCGUGGUGACGUGGUUGACGAAGCGGGAUAGCAAGUGUGUCGUCAUGUGA